AUGUUAAAGCAAAGGAAACCUACACCAAAAACAAAAGAGGAAUACGAUAACGUUCCUCUUGAACCUGUAGAUUUAGACGAAAAUGGAAAAGUUUAUAAACCAUUCAAGUAUCACGGAAAUAAGUAUCUGGGAUAUUGGUAUCAAUAUAAAGAAUAUAUUAUUCCUUUGAUCUUUACGUUUCUUUCAUUUUGGACAAGACUUUAUUUAAUCUCAUAUUCUAAAAUUGUUGUGUGGGAUGAGGCCCAUUUUGGCAAGUUCGCGUCACAUUAUCUUAAACGUGAAUUUUAUUUUGAUGUACAUCCGCCACUUGGAAAGAUGAUUGUUGGUUUAUCAGGAUAUUUGGCCGGAUAUAAUGGAUCCUUUGAUUUUGGAUCAGGUUCUGCAUAUCCUGAACAUGUAAAUUAUUCAUUUAUGAGAGUAUUCUUGGCAACUUUUGGUGCUUGGAUGGUUCCUUUGGCAUAUUUUACUGCUAUUGAAUUGGACUUUUCCCAACAAUCGGUUUUUCUCGUGACUCUAAUGGUCUUAUUUGAUUCUAUGUUAUUAUUUUUCACUUUCACAACUGUAUUCUUUUUAACUAAAUUUCAUAAUCAACGUAAUAACCCUUUUUCAUUGGAAUGGGUGGUUUGGCUUCUUUUAACUGGAUUAUCUAUUGGAUGCGUUACAAGUGUCAAAUGGGUUGGACUUUUUGUCACAGCUUUAGUUGGUUUAUACACUAUUGAAGAUCUUUGGGAAAAAUUUGGAGAUUUAAGCAUGCCAAAGACGGUUUAUAUCCAACAUUGGAUCGCAAGAAUUGGUGGUUUAAUAAUAUUACCACUUCUUGUAUAUAUGCUCAGUUUUGCAAUCCACUUUGCAAUUUUACACAAUAGUGGACCAGGAGAUGCACAAAUGAGUUCAUUAUUUCAAGCUGGUCUUCAUGGCAAUGAUUUUUCGGAGAAUCCUUUCGAACUCGCAUAUGGCUCUAAAUUUACACUCAAAAAUAUGGGUUAUGGAGGUGGAUUAUUACAUUCUCAUAUACAAACUUAUCCAUCAGGUUCAGAACAGCAGCAAAUUACUUGUUAUCAUCACAAAGAUUCAAAUAAUGAUUGGGUCGUUCAUAAAACUCGAGAAGCUCCUGCUGGAUUUGGUAAUGAAACAGGUGAACCAGAAAUUGAAUUUGUGAAGGAUGGAGAUACAAUUCGUUUAAUACAUGCAAAUACUGGAAGAAAUCUUCAUUCACAUCAAGUAAAAGCUCCUGUAACAAAAUCUCAAUGGGAAGUCAGUUGUUAUGGAAAUUUAACUAUUGGUGAUAAAAAUGAUUAUUGGGAAAUUGAAAUACUUGAUGAUAUGUUCAAAAAGACCGAACGAAUUCAUUCCUUAACUUCUACUUUGCGUUUCAAACAUCACGUUCUUGGAUGUUAUCUUCGAGCUGGUAAUGCUGUUUUACCACAAUGGGGAUUUAAACAAAUUGAAGUUACGUGUGACAAACGAGACAAUCCUAAAGACACAUAUACACAUUGGAAUAUUGAACAUCAUUGGAAUGAUAAAUUGCCUCCUGGUGGUAGAUCCAAUUAUAAAUCCAGAUUUUUACAUGAUUUUUGGCAUUUGAAUGUUGCUAUGUAUACUUCAAAUAAUGCUCUCGUUCCUGAUGCUGAUAAAGAAGAUAUCUUGGCAUCUACUCCUCUACAAUGGCCAAUAGUAGAAGUUGGCCUUCGAAUGUGUUCUUGGGCUGAUGAUGUUGUCAAAUUUUAUUUACUCGGUAAUCCUUUUGUUUGGUGGUCUGGUACAGCUUCUUUGGCUAUUUUCAUUUUUGUUUUGGCUUAUUAUAUUGUUAGAAGGCAACGUCAAUAUAAUGAUUUUUCACCAGCCCAAUGGGAUUAUUUCUUAUAUGUCGGAAAAAUAUGUGGAGUUGGAUGGUUAUUACAUUAUAUACCAUUUUGUAUAAUGGGUCGUGUCACAUAUCUUCAUCAUUAUUUUCCUGCACUUUAUUUCUCUAUAUUAAUGGCCGGAUUUGUGUUAGAUCAUUUCACCUCAACUUGUAAUUCUAAAAUCAAAAAUGUAAUAUUUGGAAUAUGUUAUUUAAUAAUUACAGGAAUUUUCUUAUAUUUCAAAGAUAUAUCAUUUGGAAUGGAUUACCCUUCAAAAGAAUAUAAAGAUAGAAAAUGGCUUAGCACAUGGAAUAUUGUAGAUUAA